GAUAAUAAAGUAAUUAUAUUAUAUCGCAAGAAAAUACAAUUUAUUCUUUAAAUUAUUAUUUUUAAAUUAUUAUCCUUACCAUUUAUUUACAAGGGAGAAUAGUUAAGCGGUAACCUCUUCAAUACACGUGAUAUCACGACAGUUGUUCACGAUGAUGGAUACUAAAAUUAAAAAACGUAAAGUCUCGAAAAAGACGAAGAAAUCGUGGAGGAAACACAUUGACACUAAAGAUGUAGAUGCAUUUCUUGAAGACAUAAGAUUAGAAGAACGAAUGGGACCUCCUUUAUCAAAGCAAGCAAAUUCUGAGUUAUUCACUAUUGACAGGACUGCUGGUAAAACUAAAACUGUUGUAUCCUCCAAACGUGCAGCUAGAUUAGCUUUGAAAGAAAAAGAAGCAAAAUGUUUUGCUUCUUUGAAACCACAUACACAAGUUCCUGAUCCAAUAUCAAAGAGAAACCGAGUCAGGACUAAAGAGGAACGUAUGAAUUCCAUAUUACGACAACGUGAAGCAGAAAGAAAAUUAAAAGGUAUUCUUAAAUUGAAAGAAAAAGAAGCAUUAAAGAAUAGGGCACUUGCAAAAGCUGCUUUUAAGAAGCGUCCUAAGAGGGGAGAAUUCAAAACUGAUCUGUGGGAUGUCACAAAAAAUGUAUUACCAGAAACAGUUACUGAAUGGAUGUCUACAGACAGUGUCAGACAUACAGUUAAACAUUUAGGGGUGCAGAAAAGAAAAUUGCCUUCAUCAUUAUAUAAAAAAACAUCUCUUCUACCAGCAGUAGAAGCACCGCAUCCAGGUACAUCUUAUAAUCCAUCAUAUACUGAUCACCAAAAACUACUGAAUGAUAUUGCUCAGAAAGAAUUGGAACUUAUGAAAGAAGAGGCACAUCUGGAUAGGGUAACAACUAAGAUGUUUAAAAAGGUUCCAUUAAAUAAAAGGGACGAGAAUUUGAUGAAAGAAAUGUCAGAAGGUUUGCCAAUAAAAAAACAAACCACAGAAAAUUCAAAGCCUACUAAGGAAGGAGAUGUUGAAGAGGAAGACUCAUCAGUGGCAAUAGCAAACAGUAAACCUGUCAAGAACAUUAAAAAAACACUUGUACAAAAAAGAAAGCAACGAGAACAAAAACAAGCAGCUAAUGAACGUACUUUGGCCAAAAUUGAAAAGAGAAAAGUCUCUGAUAUUUAUAAGUUGAAAAUGUUAAAAAAACAAAUAGAAUCCAAAGAAAAGAAGGAAGACUUUUUGCGACAAAAACGUAUGAAGAAACAUGAAAGGGAAUCUACUACGCCAAAGAUUCUGAGUAAGACAAAAUUUGAGCCCUUAGAUCCUGUUUUCCAGCUGUCAGAGGAAUUAUCUGGAAAUUUGAGGAAUUGUAACCCCAGUAAGAACUUACUGAAAGAUCGAUUUAAAUCUCUUCAGCAAAGAAAUAUUAUUGCACCAAGUGUCAUAAAACUGACAAAAGAUAAAGCAAAGGUGAAGCGAUUCAUGAAACCGGAUCAUAAGAUAAAUUUGAUUGAAGUGUCAUAAUAAAGAUAACAUAUUGCUUACAGCUAUAUUUUCUGACAGCAAUUUAGACAUGGAAUAUGGCAUAUGUCGAGCUACUUCAAGUUGAAAUACACCAGCCAAAUCCAGGAGAUGAUUGUAUAAUGUUUCGCUGAGUCUGGAGCAUUAUUGGAAUAUAAUAUUAAUUUCUUAGUAAGGAAGGUUUAAUAGAAGCAAAUAGGGUCAAACAGGCCGUUUUACUUUUCCUUGUCUGUCUUGAAUUUUCGUUCAAUCUGACGUAAUUUUUCUGACAUAUGUUCCUUUUCAUGUAUUAAGACUUCAUUUUGCGUAUUAAAUUUCUCUUCCAGA